CCGGGUCGCACGCGCACCGCACAAUCGCUCAGACCCGGCACUAUACCUCCGGGUCCACCGCGAACACACGCACAGUUCGUCAACACGGUCCGUUUGCGACGCACGUCCGUCGCCGUCCGUCCGUCCGCGCGCGCAGGAUACUUUAUAGAAAAACAAUUUUUUCCCUCCCACACGUUCGCCGGGCACGCUCUGGCACCGGGACACGUCACACGGUCGUCUGCCGUCGUACCGUCCGCCGGGGAGAUUUUCGUCCGGAAACAUUAUUCUUCGCCGGUUACCCGCAAACCAGCGCCAACCGUUGGGAUACGUCGCCUAACCGACCACGCUGAUCGGUGUUCACGCGCGCACCCAUAACAUUAUUAUGCGGUUGCCGACGAUUGCCACCGGGACGCCAAUUGCCGAGAACGCUUGGUCCGAGGAUUAAACAGACAGCAGUGUGCGCGGGAGAGACGGCGAAGAGAGAUUUUCGUAUUUUCCGCGAGCACGCGACGAGGAGCUGCACCGACGGCGAUAGGAGCUCAAAGGCGAAGAUGGCGUUUCUGCUGUUGACACUGUGCUCGCUCGCAGCGUUUCUGCCGACGGACACGACGGCACAAAAAAAAUUCAGCUAUACCGAAAGACAGAGGUUCGACGGAUGGUUCAACAACCUGGCGCAUCCGCAAUGGGGAUCCAUAAACAGUCAAAUGACCAGGAAAACACCGGCCAAUUAUUCGGACGGGGUGUACAUGAUGUCUGGCAUGGACAGGCCCAGUCCGAGGAUAUUGAGCACGUUGUUCAUGAAUGGAACGGACGGCCAGCCGUCGAGGAGGAACAGAACAGCAAUGUUGGCAUUUUUCGGUCAAGUCGUGAGCUCCGAAAUCGUAAUGGGCAGCGAAAGCGGUUGUCCGAUAGAAGUGCAUCCAAUUGAAAUCGAAAAGUGUGACGAGAUGUACGAUCACGAGUGCGAAGGCGGUAAAUCGAUACCGUUCCACCGAGCUGGUUACGACCGGAACACUGGUCAAAGUCCAAACGCGCCCAGGCAACAGAUAAACCGCGUCACCAGUUGGAUCGACGGCAGUUUCAUUUACAGUACCAGCGAGGCGUGGAUAAACGCCAUGAGAUCGUUUGAAAACGGCACACUGAAGAGCGACGCGACGGGGUUCCCGGUGAAGAACACCAUGCGAGUGCCGCUGUUCAACAACCCCAUUCCGAACAUGCUGCGCACGUUGAGCCCGGAACGGCUUUUCCUGCUGGGCGAUCCCAGGAUCAAUCAGAAUCCAGCCUUGCUGUCGUUCGGCGUGUUGUUCUUCAAAUGGCACAACCUGAUCGCGAGCCGCGUGCAGAAGGACAACCCGGAAUGGUCGGACGAGGAAGUGUUUCAGAAAACGAGACGGCUCGUGAUAGCCACUUUGCAGAAAAUCACAGCCUACGAGUACAUACCCGCGUUCCUGGGGAAAAAGCUGCCGCCGUACACGGGCUACAAGGUAGACGUGCACCCCGGCGUCAGCCACGUGUUCCAGUCGUCGGCUUUCCGGUUUGGACACACGCUGAUCCCGCCCGGCAUAUAUAGAAGGGACGAGACGUGCGACUUCAAGAAAACCAACGGAGGGAAACCGGCUUGGAGGCUUUGCGCGCAUUGGUGGGAUUCCAGCAAAGUAAUUUUUGACGACAACAGCGUGAAGGAGUUUUUGCUGGGUAUGGCCUCGCAGUUGGCCGAACGCGAAGAUGCCGUUCUUUGUUCAGACGUCCGUGACAGUCUAUUCGGACCCAACGAGUUUUCGCGGAGAGAUCUGGGCGCCCUUAACAUCAUGAGAGGGCGGGACAACGGGCUGGCAGAUUACAAUACGAUUAGAACGUAUUUCAAUCUUCCCCGCGUCAAACAGUUUAAAGACAUUAACCCUAAACUGUUCGAGAAGAACGCGGAUUUGCUGAACAGUUUAGAAGAAGCGUACGGCUCCAUUGAUAACAUCGAUCUGUACAUCGGUGGCAUGUUGGAGUCGAAAGACGGACCCGGGGAAUUAUUUUCUGCCAUCAUUAUGGAUCAGUUCAUUCGGAUCAGAGAGGCCGAUAGAUUCUGGUUUGAAAAUGAUAAAAACGAUAUGUUCACGAACGAAGACCUCAAAUGGAUCAAACGCGUCACUCUGUGGGAUGUAAUCGUGAACUGUACCAACGUGAGAGCGGAUAGGAUACAACGAAACGUUUUCUUCUUCAAUGAAACAGAUCCUUGCCCUCAGCCACAUCAAAUAAAACCAGACAUGUUAGAACCCUGUUCGUACCUGAAAGGAUUCGAUUAUUUUGAGGGGAACGAACUAGUGUACAUUUAUGUGUGUAUAUUUUUGGGAGUAGUUCCGCUUAUCUGUGCUGGAGCCGGUUAUGGUGUUGUUAAACUGCAGAACAAGCGCAAGAGACAUUUAAGGAUGAAACAAGAAGAAUUAAAAUCGGGAAACAAAUCGAAUGGUAUAAUGGUAGAGAAGAUGUCCGUGAGAGAAUGGUUGCACGCGAACCACAGACGUUUGGUUAAGGUGAGAUUCGGCCCUCAAGCAGAAAUGCACACGGUGGACCGGAAAGGCGAAAAACUAAGAUCAGUAAAUUUCGCCAAUUGCGACACGAUAACCGUCGAGGAGUCACAGGUAGACGGCAGUAAAAAGAAACGUCCAUUGGUUUUGAUCAGAGUUCCGAAGGACCACGACCUGGUACUCGAAUUCGACUCGGUUAGCGAAAGACGUAAAUUCAUCAACAAAAUGGAAGCAUUCUUAAACUUGCACAAGAAACAUUUGGUUACGUUGCAAGCGCCCAGGGACUUCCUGUUGGCUCAGGCCGAGACACGGGAGAGAAGACAGAAAAGAUUGGAACAUUUCUUCAGAGAGGCAUACGCGCUCACGUUUGGACUACGUCCUGGUGAACGGAGGAGAGGCGACGAAGACGGAGAGGUGGUGAUGAGGACAUCUCUGUCGAAAGCCGAAUUCGCCUCCGCGCUGGGCAUGAAACCCGAUGCGGUGUUCGUCCGGAUGAUGUUCAACAUCGUGGACAAGGACAGCGAUGGCAGGAUAUCGUUCCAGGAAUUCCUGGAUACUGUUGUAUUGUUCUCUCGUGGCAAAACAGAAGACAAACUACGAAUUAUUUUCGAUAUGUGUGACAACGAUCGUAAUGGAGUCAUUGAUAAAGGAGAGUUUUCCGAAAUGCUAAGAUCUCUAGUCGAAAUUGCUCGUACCACAAGUUUGUCUGAUGCUCACGUCACUGAAUUAAUCGACGGAAUGUUCCAAAACGUUGGAUUGUCAAAUAAAGACUUCAUGACGUAUGCAGAUUUUAAACUGAUGAUGAAAGAGUACAAAGGUGACUUUGUCGCCAUUGGUCUGGACUGUAAGGGUGCGAAACAAAAUUUCUUAGAUACGUCAACAAACGUAGCGAGAAUGACUAGUUUUCAUGUCGAUCAGUCGCUCCACGACGAUAAGGGCAAAAUCAAAAGUCGUAUAGAUUGUAUAGUCACUUACUUGGAGGAAAACAGACAAAAUAUUUUUUAUCUGUUCGUGUUCUACGUCAUAACCAUUGCACUGUUUGUCAAUCAAUUUAUAUAUUAUUCGUUUUUGACCGAGCACACCGAUUUGCGGCACAUAAUGGGAGUAGGCAUAGCGAUAACUCGAGGAUCUGCCGCCUCUCUGUCGUUUGGAUAUUGUCUGCUGUUACUCACCAUGUCAAGAAAUUUGCUAACGAAACUAAAAGAUUUUUCAAUACAGCAAUAUAUACCGUUGGAUUCUCACAUACCAUUCCACAAAGUUAUCGCUUGCACGGCGUUCUUCUUUUCCAUCAUACACACCGUUGGUCACAUAAUCAAUUUCUACCACGUGUCCACUCAACCGUUGGAAAACCUGCAUUGUCUAACAUCCGAAAUACACUUCCCAUCAGACUACAAGCCGGGCAUAUCGUUUUGGCUUUUUAAGACUAUCACAGGUAUUACUGGCGUGUUACUGUUCGUGAUCAUGAUCAUCAUAUUUACAUUCGCACAUCCAAUCAUACGGAAAAAGGCCUACACAUACUUCUGGUCCACUCACUGUUUGUAUGUAGCGAUGUACGUGUUGAUGUUAUUACACGGGCUAGCAAGAAUAACCGGACCACCAAAAUUCUGGAAAUACUUCAUAGGCCCAGGAAUCAUAUUCAUUUUGGAUAAGGUGGUAAGUUUGAGGACUAAAUAUAUGGCCUUGGACAUACUUGAAACCGAACUGCUACCGUCCGACGUGCUCAAAGUGAAAUUCUACCGUCCGCCAAACUUCAAAUACCUUUCUGGGCAGUGGGUUCGUUUGAACUGUACUGCUCUUAAGUCUACGGAAUACCAUUCAUUCACGCUGACCUCGGCACCGCACGAGAAUUUCUUGUCUUGCCACAUCAAAGCGCAAGGACAGUGGACAUGGAAAUUGAGAAAUUUCUUCGAUCCUAGCAACAUCAAUCCGGAAUUCCAUCAACCAAAGAUACGUCUCGAAGGACCGUUCGGGGGUGGGAAUCAAGACUGGUACAAGUUCGAAGUGGCAGUCAUGGUUGGAGGGGGUAUAGGAGUUACUCCUUAUGCUUCCAUUCUGAACGAUUUGGUGUUCGGAACGUCGACAAACCGUUAUUCCGGCGUAUCUUGUAAAAAAGUGUACUUUAUGUGGAUAUGCCCGUCGCACAAACAUUUCGAAUGGUUCAUUGACGUCCUACGAGAUGUUGAGAGAAAAGACGUGACUAAUGUUUUAGAAAUACAUAUAUUCAUCACUCAAUUCUUCCACAAGUUCGACUUGCGGACUACCAUGUUGUACAUUUGUGAAAAUCAUUUCCAACGACUGAGCAAAAUGAGCAUGUUUACCGGACUGAAAGCGGUGAACCAUUUCGGUAGACCGGAUAUGUCGUCGUUUUUAAAAUUCGUUCAGAAAAAACAUAGCUACGUCAGCAAGAUAGGAGUGUUCAGCUGCGGACCGAGGCCGCUGACGAAGAGCGUGAUGACAGCAUGCGAAGAAGUUAACAAAGGCAGAAAGUUGCCGUACUUCAUUCAUCACUUUGAGAAUUUUGGAUAAACAGUAAUUGACUGUUUGAUUCGUUCAUUGUGAUCUUUGGCCAUUACAUUUUACAUUUAGGUACCUUAUUUCCUAAUUAUUAAAACAAUCAAUUUAUGUACAAUACUCUU